UCGAAAUGUCAAUUGUCAAUCGUGAUCGCUUUCAAUCAGCUGUCGAUUUAUAUUUGCGACAGAUUUUUGCCAUACAUUUAAUUAAUAAAUAAUCAAUAAAAUGUGUAAUAAAUGGAGUGUCAUUUGAGUGAUUUAUCAUUAACGUGAGCAAGGUGGUGGUUUUGGGGGGUGGUCUCUGCGGAUGGCGGGUGAGGAGUUCAAGUGUUGCGAGUGACCGCGGCGGGCGCGGCUCGGCGGGCCCUCCGAGCACGCAGGCAUGCGGCGAUAUGACGGAGGCUGCGGGCACGUCGCGAGGCCUUCGUGUCUACAAGAUCGUGGUGCUGGGCGACGGUGGAGUGGGCAAAUCCGCGGUUACUCUCCAGUUUGUUAGUCACAGCUUCUUGGAUUAUCACGACCCGACGAUAGAAGACUCAUACCAACAGCAAGCAGUAAUUGAUGGUGAACCAGCUUUGUUAGAUAUACUUGAUACCGCAGGACAAGUGGAGUUCACAGCAAUGCGGGAGCAGUACAUGCGAUGUGGAGAGGGGUUCAUGCUGUGUUAUUCUGUGACUGACAGACGCUCAUUUCGAGCUGCUUCAGAGUAUAAACGUUUACUCGCUCAGGCUAGACCUUCAGAGACACUUCCCCUAGUUCUGGUUGGAAAUAAGUUGGACUUGGCACCAAGGUUUAGACAGGUAACAACUGAAGAAGGUAAGGCACUGGCAACACAACUUGGAUGUCCAUUCUUUGAAACGUCGGCUGCAUUACGUCAUUUUGUCGAUGACGCCUUUCACGCGCUAGUUAGAGAAGUCCGCCGUCUUGAGAGACAGAGACAGUCAUCUCUUGUGGGAACGGGCAUCUCGACUGGCGGUGGUCGGCGACGUUGGCGACGGUUGCGCAGUAUAUUCGCACUCGUGUUCCGACGCAGACGACGUCACACCCCUUGACCGGUCCGGCCACGACUGACGUGAGCUCUAGACUUUAUGAUAACGUUCAACAAAUAAAUCGUUUGAAUUUUAAAAUAAGAACACGUUUUGACGUUCCAGAAUUGACAUUGGCUUAACUUGCUAUAAUUUUGCAUCUAUGACUGAAAAAUGUCGGAAUUAUUAAUACCGAAUUAUAUUUUCGUAAUGACAACAUUAUUAAGCUUAAUAUUUGGAAAAUUGGGUAAAUAUAACAACAAUAUUUUAAUUGUAACCGAUAUAUAAGCAUAAUGUCACAGUAAAGAAAAAAAAAAUCAUUCUCUUGUAUAAAAAAUACAAUUACAUUCAAGUGUUUCAGAAAUUUUUAUUCCUAAACACAUAAUCCUAUUUAUACUCUAUUACAAUGGGUUUAAGUCUAAGAUGCCUAAAACCAUCCUUUCGUCUAUUAUCCUGUUUAUAACAGACCAUAAAUACUACAUUAGUUAAUGUAUACCUUUCACUACCUCAUAUUUAUGCUUUCUACUAAUUUGUGUUCCAUAGCUAGUUUAAGUAUUGUGUACUGUAGUUAUUUUAUCUAAUUGAUAUAAAAUAAUAUUUUUUCUAGUUCAUUUAGGCCUAGUGCUACUUUUGUAUUGCCAGCUUAAAUAUUGCGCCGAUUUUAGGUGAACAAUAACUAUUUAUAAUUGACUUUUUAUACCACAUGACUCAUGAGUACUGCACAAAUUUUUAAGUAAUAAAGACUUAAUAUAGAAUAUUACUUUUCGCUCGCACCAAUCGUUCAAAUUGAUUGAUUAAAUAUACUCGCGCUAGGGCCAUAAGUUGUUAACAUUACACCUCCAUUGAGUGCGGCCAAUUGCAAUAAAACAAUUUUACUGCAUUAUGCAAACUUAAAUGUUGUUUAAUAUGAUAUUAUGAGUCCAUGUUAGGUAUAACCCUAACACAUAGUCUUCCGUCAAUCCGAGCAAGCAAUAAUGAAAAGUACACUGUAAAUUAGAUGUUUUGACGAUAUUGGUCAAUAUGUAUAGAACAUAAGACAAAUGGUUCAUUCUAAUAGAAUAUCGAAUUAAUGUUUAAGUUAUUUGCGAGAGCUACAUUAAAAUUUGAGUUUAAUUUCAAUUUGUUGGAUAACGUGUGAAUAAUAUUGUCAUAAAAUAAUUUUAGUAACUAGUACGUUCAUAAUAGUGAUAUAAAUUGACCCCUAGCCGAAAUCCUAGGCAUCACUAGGUGUUAGAGUAAAUCGCGACUCGUAUUCGAUUGCGUAUUUGAUAGUUUUAAUCAACAUAACGAUUGGAAUUGAAUAAAUUAGAACAUUGAAUAGUGGGAUUUUGUAAUCCGCCCAGUAGUAUCCGAUGUUAGAGUAUUUAUGUGUUUGAAUAACAUAGUGUGAUCAUAAUUGAAGCCCCAUUUACUAGUUAAAGUGCGUUUAUAUUUUGAUGUAAAUUUUAUUUAUCGUAGUCAGUAAUGUAACAUCUAUAUUAUAUUCCUCGUAGUGUUGCCAUUUCAUUAGGGUUUUAUGAAUUUUACCUUAAAGUACAAUUUAAGUGAGAUCAAACGAGCUCCUCGUAAUCUGUGUGACAGAGACAGCAAUAAGAUAGAGAAGAGUUAUAUAUUUAUAUUACGGUAAUUAAUUCAAUGUGUGUUUAUUAGUGUUGUACGUGAUGUUGAUAUUGUAAUGUUAGGUCGAUACGCACAAAUUUUAGUGUAGUGUUUAUUGUGUAUAUUUGAGUGUAGAUUUAAGGUCUCGUUCGCCCGUUUGUUGUAUAUAGUACUAGCUGGAACCAGCGGCUUCGCUCGCGUGGUACCAGACGAAAAUGUAACCCAUAUGUUAAUCCGGACUGUAAUCUAUCUCUGUAAAGAGGUUUUUGCAUGAAAAAGUAAUAAACAUCCAUAAAUUAUUAUAAACGUUUGCGUCUAUAAUAUUAGAAGGAUUAUACAUAACAGUAGCAUCUAAUUAAUUAGAGGUAUCCCAUAAAAUGGUUUAAUAAGUAUUAUAUGCGACAAAUGGAACAUUCGUAAAACAAAAACGUAGAGCGAUAAAGCUCUAAGUGCAAUAACACCGUGUCAAAGUAGAUAAUUUAUUGUUCAAAGUAUUAUUAAGUGGGCAUGAGCUUCUUUUGUCUUAACCAAUAUUGAAAUCAAUAGAUCUAAACACGCCGUGAGUGUUAUUGCGGCUAUUAAAUGUCCUCAAAGUAAGACGAAAUAUAUAUUCGACGUUCGAGAUUUUCUAUAACUUUCGUUGUUUUUAAUUCCAGUGCUACUAUUGUUAUUCUAUGUGUCGAUGAUAUGCGAUGCAAUAACUAUGCCACUAAAUGCAUUUGUAAUGUAUUAGAAUUUUCAGUGAAGUUUGUAGCGUAGUUUUACAUGUAUGUAUAUUCUAUGUCUAUUGUCUAGUCAUUAUUUUAGGUGUUUUAGACGUUGAAGUGCGAAAUUGAACUUUAUUACGCAUAUCCAUAUGAUUGAAUUGUGCAUUGAUAUAAUGUUUCAUUUUACAUUUGCUGUUUACAUUCAAUUUCUAUCAUAAUAUUGCCGUACAAGUUGCAAUGGUUACAAUAUCCGAAUAUUCUUUUAUAAAAAAUUAACUUAUAAAUUCGUUUUUCGUAUUUUUUGGAUGUGAUAAAAAUAUAAAUAGAUGAUAAUAAUAAUUAUUCCCUAUACAAGAAGUCUUGGUUCCAAUUAUAUUGAAAUGCGUAAGUAAGAUCUAUAUCUAUUGUUCUAUUGUAAUUUUUUAGAGAGCAUAAUAU